AAUCUCAAAACCUAAUUGUGUUCAUCAGUGCGAUUUAAUUGAGAUACCAUAUGAUGAAGAUGAGUAUACAAAUUUAUUGAAUGAAGAUAAUGAAAUAUUUUAUUAUGUAUUAUUAGUUAUAGAUUGUGCGAGUAGAUAUAAAGAUUUUGUUUUUUUAACAUCAAAGAGCAGUUUAGAAGUUGCCGAUGCAUUUAGAAAUAUUUAUGAAAAUCCUAAUAAUCACCUUAUAUAUCCUCGAUUGUUGCAAUGUGAUAAAGGAUAUGAAUUUAUGGGGAGUGUAACUUUAUUAAUGGGUAAGCAUAAUGUUAAAAUUAGGAGAAUCAAGGCUCGUUUCAGACAUACAAGUCUAGCAAUAGUUGAUCGUUAUGCUGGACUUUUUACAUUAAGAGUUUUUAAGAAUCAAUAUGCGAUAGAAUUUCUCUUACCUACUGGUGAACGCUGUAGAGAAUGUGAACGAUUUGCAAGAAGAAUUGUUGAUAAUAUGAAUGACACCCCAACUCGAUUAAUUGGAAUGAGCCCUAAUAGUGCCAUAAAACUUGAACGGGUUUAUUCCAAGCCAUCAACAAAGUAUUAUCAUCCAAUAGGUGCUGAUGAGCCACAGUUACCAAAGGGAACUAUAGUUCGAUUUUUACUUGCUCCUG